GCGGAGUUCAGGUGCCGAGCGGUGGGGAUCGGGCCAGACGGGGGAGGGGGCGAACUGCGGAGUGGAAAGGGGCGGGGCGGAGCGGGGGUGGUGGCGAGAAGGGGGUUACGCCGGCGACGUCGGCAGCGCGAGGCUUCGCGCGUGAGCUGCGCGGGCGCUGGGCCUGGCUACCGAGCUUUCCUGGCGGGCGAGUAGGUCGUCGACGCCGGCUCCUAGGGGAGCGCGAGGGAGGAGGGAAGUGUUGGUGUAAGCGGCGUUGUCGACGGCGAUCCGGAGCAUGGAAGAAACGCAGCCGCUUCCGCAGUCCGAGCUGCCACUGUGCGACAGCCUCAUCAUCUGGCUACAGACAUUCAAUACUACUGCGCCUUGUCAGGAUGUCAAACAGCUGACUAAUGGAGUUGCCAUGGCACAAGUUCUUCAUCAAAUCGAUAUGGCUUGGUUCAAUGAAUCUUGGUUAAGCCGAAUUAAAGAGGAUAUUGGUGACAACUGGAGAAUAAAGGCUAGUAAUUUAAAGAAGGUACUUCAAGGAAUUAUGAGUUAUUAUAAUGAGUUUUUGGGGCAACAGAUUUCUGAAGAACUUAUCCCUGAUUUAAACCAGAUAACUGAAUGUUCAGAUUCUAUGGAGCUUGGGAGGUUGCUCCAGCUUAUUUUAGGUUGUGCUGUCAACUGUGAAAAGAAGCAAGAACAUAUUCAAAAUAUUAUGACACUGGAAGAAUCUGUUCAACAUGUGGUCAUGACUGCUAUUCAAGAGUUGAUGAGUAAAGAAAUUUUGAGCUCUCCUACAAAUGAUGCUGUUGGAGAAUUAGAACAACAGCUUAAAAGGGCUCUAGAAGAACUACAGGAAGCACAAGCAGAAAAAGAAGAACUUAGGCAGCGAUGUCAAGAAUUAGAUAUGCAGGUGACAGCACUUCAAGAUGAAAAGAAUUCACUAGUUUCUGAGAAUGAGAUGAUGAAUGAAAAACUUGACCAGUUGGAUGGAUCUUUUGAUGAUCCAAAUACAGUGGUUGCAAAAAAGUAUUUUCAUGCACAGUUACAACUAGAACAAUUACAAGAAGAAAACUUCAGGCUUGAAGCUGCAAAAGAUGAUUACCGUGUUCACUGUGAAGAACUUGAAAAGCAAUUAAUUGAAUUUCAGCAUAGGAAUGAUGAAUUGACUAGCCUUGCUGAGGAAACAAGAGCCCUGAAAGAUGAAAUAGAUGUUCUUAGGGCUACCUCUGAUAAAGCAAAUAAACUGGAGUCAACAGUUGAGAUAUAUCGUCAGAAGCUACAAGAUCUGAAUGACCUUCGCAAGCAGGUGAAAACUUUACAGGAAACAAACAUGAUGUAUAUGCAUAAUACAGUCAGCUUAGAAGAAGAAUUGAAGAAGGCAAAUGCAGCACGUACGCAAUUAGAAACAUACAAGAGACAGGUUCAGGAUCUUCAUAUUAAACUUUCCUCUGAAUCCAAAAGGGCAGACACUUUAGCAUUUGAAAUGAAGCGACUUGAAGAAAAACAUGAAGCUUUACUUAAGGAAAAAGAGAGAUUAAUAGAACAGCGUGAUACUCUGAAAGAAACGAAUGAAGAGCUUCGAUGUUCACAAGUACAACAGGAUCACCUAAACCAAACAGAUACAUCUGCUACAAAAAGUUAUGAGAAUCUUGCUGCUGAGAUUAUGCCAGUGGAAUAUAGGGAGGUGUUUAUUCGACUGCAACAUGAAAAUAAGAUGCUUCGAUUACAGCAAGAAGGUACUGAGAAUGAACGUAUUGAAGAACUUCAGGAGCAGCUAGAUCAGAAACACCGCAAGAUGAAUGAACUGGAAACUGAGCAGAGGCUCAGCAAAGAACGAAUCCGAGAAUUACAGCAGCAGAUUGAGGACCUCCAGAAGUCUUUACAGGAACAAGGCUCCAAGUCUGAAGGAGAAAGUUCCAGCAAACUAAAGCAGAAGUUGGAAGCUCAUAUGGAAAAACUAACAGAGGUCCAGGAAGAAUUACAGAAGAAACAGGAGCUCAUUGAAGACCUCCAGCCAGAUGUAAACCAGAAUGUGCAAAAGAUCAGUGAACUUGAAGCUGCUCUUCAGAAGAAAGAUGAAGAUAUGAAAGCAAUGGAGGAAAGAUACAAAAUGUACUUAGAGAAGGCAAGAAAUGUAAUAAAAACAUUAGAUCCCAAAUUAAAUCCAGCAUCAGCUGAAAUAAUGCUACUUAGAAAGCAGUUGGCAGAGAAAGAGAGAAGAAUCGAGAUUCUAGAGAGUGAAUGUAAAGUAGCAAAAUUCCGUGAUUAUGAAGAAAAACUCAUUGUUUCUGCCUGGUAUAAUAAGAGUCUAGCAUUCCAGAAGCUGGGGAUGGAAUCUAGACUUGUGAGCGGCAGUGGUACUUGCAGAGACACAGGCGCCUGUGCCCCCGCCCGGUCUUUCCUAGCACAACAGCGGCACAUCACCAGCACCAGAAGGAAUCUCUCUGUUAAAGUUCCUGCUACAACAGCUGAUUAAACUGCAAAAGUAAACAUAAACAGAAGUGCCCUUAAAAUACUUUGUAUCUUUCAACUAACUACUAGGUUGGAAAAGAAGUUUAUGAUAUUGGAUAUCAGCUAUUUUAAAAUCAAAAGGCAUAAAAUUAACUUUGCCAGCUGAUUUUGCAGGUAGAAUAUGGGAUUAGCUAUCUCUCUUGGGAGGGUAUGUGUAAGUGACUGGAAGAUAAAAUAAGGCAAACAUCUCAAUCAUUUGUCUUUUGAGAGUAUUAUAAAAUUAUUUCAGAAAGACUUUGUAUAUUUUAAUGUUUUCAGUUGUCCUAGUAAUUAGGUUAAUUUGCAAUGUGUAAUCCAUAACAUGUAAUCUAAAAAUACGUCUCUAUUUAUUUUAUUGUUUUGGUCCAUAUAAAAAAUUGUCAUGAGGUGGGCCUGUGGAGAACCAUACAUUAAGAGUUAUAUUUUUUGACUUAUAUAAUACAAGGUGUUAACUCUUAUCUCCUCAUUCUGUAAUUGAAUGGGUAUAUUUUAUCAUGCGAUGAAAGAUAUAUAUUUGGAAGAUAUGACUAUUGAAAUGACUUGUCCAUAGUAAAAGUCACUAAUGAAAAUUUUUCAGAUUUAGAAGAUGUCAUAAUUUUCGUACAUACCUACUGUAAACAAAGGCUUCUACACAGCAUGGUUGAAAUGUUAAGGGCGUAGAAACUAACUGACUUUCUGAAGAGGUGACUUGCUGAUGGGAGGCAGCUAAAAAAUACAUACUUUGUAUGAAAUGCCCACAUACUUUUAGUGUAAUUAUUGAAGAUUACGAUUACUAUUGUUUUUUAGGAAAAAAUUAUCAGGACUUCUACUAAAAGAAAGAUGUGUUAGUAGUUUUGUGUCUUCACUAAAAAGAAGGAGAGGGACGGUUUCAAAUCAGUUUUGUUUUGUUUAGUAAUUAAGUAAUCUGUCUUGGGCUGAAUUGAUGGAACUUAGUUCAUUUCUCCCCAAGGUCUUUUUUUCAAAAAUGUUACUUUAUUAUUUCUGGUCAUUUCUAAGAAUUACAUGUUGGAAUUUUAAUUUAGUUAAAAUCUCUGCUGUCCAGUGAUGUAGCCAAAAGUCACAUGAGGCAAUUUAAAUUUAAUUCAAGUUAGAAAGUUAAGUCCUUGGUUUUACUAGCCACAUUUCAAAUCCUCAAUAGCCACAUGUGGCUAGUGGCUACAGUAUUAGAGAGUGCAAACAUAAAAUACUUGGAUCGUUGCAGAAAUUGCCAUUGGAUAGUGCUGUACCGAUCUUUUUGUAAUAACUUGGAAAUGUUCUUUGAUGUUAGGCUACAAAAAUGAUACUAUGUUAGGAUGAUUUAGAUAUAAAAAGAAAUUGAAUUGUGAUAAAACUAGCAUCUAGUUGAAUACCUUAUAUUGUGACAUUCAUAGUUUUCUCUCUCCAUUGCUUUCCGAUAAGUACAUACCUAUCAACAUGUCUCCACCAGGGCUCAACAAACUCUCUGUAAAAGAGACAGAUGGUCAAUAUUUUAGUAAAUAUUUUAAGUCUUGUGGGCCACAUGAUCUAUCACAAGUACUCAACUUGGCGGUAAAUAUAAAAGCAGCAGCCAUACACAAUAUGUAAAUAAAGUGGGUGUGGUUGUAUUUCAAUAAAACUUUAUUUGCAGAAACUGGCAGUAGGUCACAUUAGGCCUGCUGGCUAUAGAACUCUGUUCUAGAUUUUACUCUUAGCCUUUUUCUGCAAAUGAGUAUUGUUCCAUUUACAGUGUUAUUCAUUUGGAUACUUGGUUUUUUGAUUCUGUACCAGUAAAUGUUUUCUAAUCACUGAGAAAUUUAAGAACUGGGUCCUGUAUUUGGGUCUCUGAGAUUAGGGAGCAUCUGUCAGGAUACUUUGUUUUAUCAGGGUUACUUCUUUUUACUACCUCUUAGAUUUUGGUGUUCUUUACUGGUGCAAUAUUGUUGUAGUCUUUGCUUGCCUGUGAUUUUUAGUAAAAUAAACUAAGCCUUUGAAAUAUUAUAGCAUGAUAAGUAAAAAUUUCUAAAUAUUAUGGCAUUUUAGUAUGUUUUGGUCAAUGUAAGACAUCUCUUUGGUGUUUACUACUUGCUUAUAAUCAAGAUUUCCCAAGCUCUUCAAGCUCUCUUUUAAUGAAAUUUAUUGUAAACCAUCAAUUUCAAUAAAUUAGUAUUUUCACAGUUCAA